AUGAGGAACGGUCUGUCCGGUCGUUUGUCUUUGACUGGACCCUCGUCUUCAUCGUUUCUGCCAUAUCCUUGGCUUGUAUUCGAUUCCCUCCUGACUCGCACUACUUUUCACUGCUCGAUCUUUCCAUCUCUCACGCUCACCGCGAGCAGGUCAAAGUCCGGCUGUGGCUGUUCAUCUUGCUUACCGUCGUUGCGCCGAUUCUGAUCAUCACGACUGUUUCAUUCCGGCAGUCUCGAGUCAGAGCGCACACGCUCAACAAUGGCCUCUUGGGGCUGGGAAUCAGCCUUGGAACUGCCACGGUGGUGUUGAAUAUUAAGAAUCUCGCCGGGAAGCCUCGCCCUGACUUUCUCGACAUUUGCCAGCCUGACCUGAGCACGAUCGAGGCACAUACCGUUGGCGGGUUCGGACAGACCUUGUCACCUCUAUGGGUCAUGGUCGAGCGUGGGAUCUGCCAACAAGGAGAUCAAGCCUUGCUCAAUGAUGCAUUUAGAUCGUUUCCGAGCGGCUACGCCACAGUCGCGUUUGCUGGCCUCUGGUAUCUUUCACUCUGGCUUUGUGAGCAAUUCGGCCUUUAUCCUUUUGUGUCAACUGCUGGACCGGAACCACUCGAGAUUGGCGAAAGCUCAGAGCCAUUGCUUUCCGAAAGCGAGAUGAGACGACCUGCUUCACGACAACUUCCACUGUACUACCUCUUCCUACCCUACCUGCCGUUGGGCGUUGCAAUCUUCAUCGCUGGAACUCGCUUCUUUGACUUUCGAAAUCACGGGAUUGACGUUGUCGCCGGCUCUGCAGCGGGAAUGGCAGUUGGCCAUGUAGGGUGGAAAUGGCGUUUACCAAAGUAGAUACCUCGCCUUUGUCAUCCCACCGUCAAGAGCUGUUCCAUGAAUCCACCAAUCUGCAGCGAUGUAUCCACCAGAUGCACUUCGAGCUGGAAAAAAGUCAGUAUUGCUGUCUGCAGCGACUUAAUGGCGACUCACAAUCCAAUGCCUCUUCAAUCCAU